CUACAACACGUUAUCAGCACGUAGCACUAAACCUAUUUUUUUUUCUCCCAUUCUCCCUACACUCAAUCCGCAGCCGCGCCGCCAGCAGUCCAGCCACGCCGCCAACGGUCUAGCCGCGGCCUCCCCCCCUUCCUAGCCUGCGACUCACCGAUUCUCGGAUCUCUUUUGAGAUGACUGAUCCAACUCGACCCGAGUUCGACAUCCUGGACUCAGAAGGACUUGAGUACCAUCGCUGGGUUUCUGACAUAGAAACCACAUUUGUGGCUAAAGACUAUUCCGCCACGCUUGCCGACCCUGAAAGUUUAAAAGACAAUGCACCGUCUGAAAAAAUAAAGGCUGCUGCGUUAAUGUUCCUUAGACGCCAUAUUGAUCCUAGCUUACGCUGGGAAUACUUACAAUUGAAAACCCCCAAAGAACUGUGGGACGCACUAAAAGGUCGUUUUGGGAACAUACAUGGCACAUUGCUCCCCGAACUAACAGUGCAGUGGAAUGAAAUCCGCUUAGUUGACUACAAAAAGAUCAACGACUUUAAUAAGGACAUGUUACGCCUCAAAGCACGCCUUAAUUUCUGUGGUAAACCAAUCACAGAAGAUGAAAUGAUUGAUAAGACCCUCUCCACUUUCCCAACCUCAGCACUUAUACUAGCGAACCAGUAUAGGUUGGAGCAUAAUAACAAAAGAAUAACCACAUUUAAUCAGUUAAUUAAUUUGCUCCAAGUUGCUGAAAGACAAAAUCAAGUUCUCUUGAAUAACAAUGCCAGACCAGUUGGGACAAAGAAAAUUCCCGAGGUCAACUAUGGCAAAGCAAACACUGGAAAGCACCCCGGUGGAAGAGGAGAGGGCCGUACUCGUGGAAGGGGGCGCAACAAUCGCGGCGGGCGUGGAGGCCGAGGUACGGGCCGUGGAGGAUCUUCCCAUGUGUGGAAGAGAGAUACAAGUGUCGGGACCAGUGGUCAAACCAACAAGGCCCAUAGUGCACCGGCAAAACCUCCAGCCAAACGAGACCGAGUUGGGGAAGAGCCAUGCUUCAGAUGCGGAGUUUCUGGUCAUUGGUUUAAGAAUUGCCAUGCCAGUAAUAGAGUUGCUGCUGCCUACAAGAAAUACAGAGAAUCAAAGGAACAUGAAUCUCAGUUUGUGACAGACGAAGGAAAUGAGGUUGAUGUUAACCUCACAGUGGCGGAUUUUGGUGUUAAAAAUAACACCACCCAUUCAGUCGAUGCACCGGACUUUGAUUAAUUUUCCCCCAUCCCACUAGUCAUUUAAACAAACUCUAUGUUUUUUUCUUUCAUUCCCUUUCAUUUUCUGCUUAUGGACAUUACAUGCUUAUCGUUAUUUUAAUAAUUGGAUUCAAUUUUUGAAAUCCAAAUAUAUACCCACAAUUAUCU